AUCUGUGUGUGUGUGUGUGUGUGAGAGAGAGAGAGAGAGAGAGAGAGAGAGAGAGAGAGAAGAGAGAGAGACAGAGAAAGGUGGGGUAGGAAAUCAGUGACUUCAGCCCUCCCCUUGAAGCAUCUCAGCUGCAUGACAGACAAGGCAGACCACAGUAUUUCUGCAUGAAUGAGCGUGCGAGAGAGAAAGAGGAACACUGAGCGUGUCAGACCCAGGGGACCAACUGAGACUGCAAGAUGAAGCGCAACCUCACCGAGGCUCUCUCUGACUUUUUAUUUGAGUAUGAGACCCCUCGUCAGGUGCUGGUGAAGAACAAGCAAGUGGGGAUUGUGUGCCGCCUGAUCCAGCUUUUUGUCCUAGCUUACAUCAUCGGGUGGGUGUUUAUCUAUGAAAAGGGAUACCAGGUCUCAGACACUGCCAUCAGCUCCGUCCUCACCAAGAUGAAGGGUGUCGGGUACACCAAGGUGAACGACACAGAGCGCGUGUGGGACGUGAGUGACUACGUCUUCCCCGAGCAGGGAGACUCUUCUUUUGUGGUGAUGACAAAUUACAUAUUAACCUUGGGACAGAAGCAGGGUAAAUGCCCUUCGCUCCCAGGGAGACACAACUGCACAUCUGACAAGGACUGUAAAGAAGGAGAACACAAACGUACGGGACAUGGAAAGAUGACUGGAAAGUGUUUGGACGAGACCAAAACCUGUGAAAUUUUUGCCUGGUGUCCAGUUGAAAAUGACCAUGUGAUCCCAGAUCCACCUGCUAUGAUGUCAGCUGAGAAUUACACGUUGUUCAUCAAAAACUCAAUCACCUUCCCACAAUUUAGAGUUGUAAGAAGCAAUCUGGUGGAAGGCGUGGACAGCAAUUACAUCAGACAGUGUGUCUAUGACAAAAUCAGCGACCCUUUUUGUCCCAUAUUCAGACUGGGAGACAUUGUGACGAUGUCGGGAUUCACCUUCCCACAGAUAGCGAUUCAGGGUGGAGCUAUCGGGAUUCUCAUUGAUUGGACCUGUGACCUUGACUGGCAUGUGAGACAUUGUCGGCCAGUUUAUAACUUCCAUGGACUGUACGGGAAUGGGCUUGAUGCAGAUGAGACCAAAGCCUCCGUGGGUUACAACUUCAGGUAUGCAAAAUAUUAUAUGGAGGACAGUGAGGAAAAAAGGACGCUUACCAAAGUGUUUGGAAUCCGGAUAGACAUUUUGGUUCGAGGACUGGCAAGAAAAUUUGACAUCAUUCCAACACUAACAGCCAUUGGCUCAGGCGUGGGCAUUUUUGGAGUGGCAACAGUAGUAUGUGAUCUGGUACUUCUCCAUCUACUGCACCAGAAAGACUUCUAUAAGAACAUGAAAUUCAAGUACACUACCAUGAAGGAAGAGGUGUCAGUCAUGCAGAAUGAAAUGGAAAAGAACUCAGCGAAGGAAUGAACCGGCAUGGAGGAUGAAGAGGGGAGCCCUGCUGCUCUGGACCUCUGCACUGAUAAAUGUAGCACUGGACACUCAGGAGAAGGCAGUGAUGAACUUUGACACGUGGAAAGCCAUUAAUAUAGAGUGCCCUCCAAAAGCAUGGUAAUGGUAGACUAAAAUUAGAAUGAGCAAAUUUUGCUAUUUACUUCAUUCAAAAUUUAAAAAACAAAUUCAAUUGGAUUUUGAUAUCAAAAGAUGUUUAUGAGACAUAUUAUUUGCAUGUGUAUAUGUUUUACCAUUUUACAGAAACAGCUGUUUUUGUGUUGAGUCUCCUAUUUUUAGCUGUGAAAAACAAAGCAGAACUGACAGUUGCCCAGGUGUUUCCUUUCGCGUGGAUUGUUCACACAUAAAAGAGCUGUGCGUUUCUAGUCUUGGUUUUAGCAUUUGUUUUCAUCUGUGGAGUUUGCAUUUACAGUUAGAAGGCAUUCACCAUUAUUAGCAGAAAACUGAAAAACAAGAUGAGAGGACAGAAGAAUUAAUCAAGAUGAGGAAUACAACAAUAAAAUUGUAGCUGUGAAGAAAAACGUUAAAACAACAGUCUGUGACAUCACCAGCAGGCAGGGGUGAAAAUAUCACAAGCCACUGAACCCAGAAAACUAAGCAGAAUUAUAGAGUCUACACUGCUAGCUGAAAACCUCUCAUCAGCAACAAGAAUCGGAAGCCCAGAAGAGAAUUCACCAACAAAUACAGAAACAAGCCAGAAGAGUUCUGGAACAGAAUGGACAGAUGCCUUUACCAACGCAAUGGAAUGCCAAAAGUGGAAAAAUGGAAAUAUGGAGGAGGUAGUGCCAUGGCUUGGGCCUGUAUGGCUGUUUCUGGAACAGGCACACUCAUCUUUAUUGAUGAUGUAACAGAGGAUGGCAGUAGUAUGAUGAAUUUGUAAGUGCACCGAUUUUGUACAAAGAAGUUCCUGCAACCUCAUUGGCCAAUGCUUCAUCCUGCAACGAGACAAUGACCCCAAAUACACUGCCUACAUAAUCAAAGCAUUCAGCAUUGGAUGAAAAUGGAAAGGAUUGGCCAAGUCUGUUUCCUGAUUUAAAUCCAAAUGAGUAGGCAUUUCACUCGCAGAACAGGAGAAUGAUGUCAGAAACCCCUUUUAAGAAGAACAACUGAAAAUUGCUGCAGUGAAGGUCUGGAAAAGCACUUCCAAAAGAAUUUGAUUAGGUCAGUGGGUCAUAGACUUCAUGCAGCUAAUGCAUUUAAGGGCUAUGCAACCAAAUAUGAAACUUUAUUGCUUUUAUUUACUUUUAUUUACUUAAUCUGUUCAAUUAAUUUUGCAAAGCUGAGAAUUGGGGGAUUCAACAUAGCUGUUUCUGUGAAAUAUAUAAACAUUGACUGUACAUACCAUUAGAUAGAUAUGUGGGGGUGACAUGGCUCAGGCAGUUAGAGCAGUCGUCUGGCAGUCGGAGGGUUGCCGGUUCGAUCCCCUGCCCGGCCUGUGUCGAAGUGUCCCUGAGCAAGACACCUAACCCCUGAAUGCUCCUGACGAGCUGAUUGCAUGGCUGCCAAUUGCCGUUGGUGUGUGAAUGGGUGAAUGAGAAGCAUCAAUUGUACAGCGCUUUGGAUAAAGGCGCUAUAUAAAUUCCAACCAUUUACCAUUUAUGUCUCAUAGUCAUCUUUUGAUCUGAAAAACCUGAAUGCCUUAUCCUCAUGCUCAAAAAUUACUCUAUUUUUGAGUCUAACACAGGGGCCCGUACUGGAGUUGGUGACAAGAAGACUGCUGAGUUGUAUUGAUGAACCCUGAUACAAUAUUUGCUCAUGCUAAAAAUACCGUUGUCUUGCAUAGCAUAUCUCCUCUGUGGUUACAAACUAAUAAUGUGUUUUUCCUAUUUUUAAGUUUUGCAGCAGAGCAAAUGACUGACAUGUCAAUGUUGUAAAAGGUGGGCAAAAAAGGUCGCUUUUAUUAUAUUAUAUACUGUAUAUUUAUGUUUGUAAUUAUGCUUUGCAAAGGUUUGUGGGAAACUAUUUGUUUUUGAUGAUCUAUCACGAUUGGCCUGCUUGAUCUAUUGCGUUCAGUGUCGUGAUUACCUUGCUGUACAUCAGCAAAAGACGCUAGCAAGCAAGUGAUGCACAAAAAAUUACAAAAGAGGAACUGUAAAACGCAGCAAAACUAGUUUUACUAGCAACUGCCUUUGGCGAUGUGUGCCCUAUCUUGAUUCUCAAUUUCACCAUUCCACUGCUGCUACAGCCAAACGCUUGUUCUCAGAACUAAAACCUUAUUAAGAACUGCUAAAGGAGCAUUUGAUAACUUUUCAGUUAAAAAAAACAGAAAAAAUUCAACACUGCCCUUUUAAUACUUUUACAAAAGCAGUACCAACAGACUGAAGAAAUUCAAACUGUCUGUACUCAAUACAGCAAAACUAUUUAUGGGCAAUGUAAAUAUGCUUUAUUUUAUGUGUAUAUAUGUGUACCAGUUCUUUGUCUGGUCCACACAGUGGACGACUGGACUCAAAUCUAGGAGCCAUAUUGUUCAUUAAUAUCCUGAUAGUACAAGUCUGCUUUGGUACAUUUUGAACACCAGCUGUGAUGAUGAAAUGCACCAGUGGAAAUAAUUCCCAUUUGUUCAUUGUGAGCAAGCCAAACAGCCCAGUUUGUAAUUUUGAAUGUAUGCACUGGUUCAGUUUAUCUUCUUAAUUUAUUUCUGACAAAUUAAAUUAUGUCAAACUUUG